AUGCAUCGUGCGAUGCGAUCUAUACCGUCGCUUCUGGCACGCGCCCCACCACCGUUGGUCAUCGAGGUGCGUGAUGCCCGAGUACCCUUUACCAGCAUCAAUCCAAAUUUCGAAAAGGUGUUGCAAAAUGCGCCGUCUGCAGCCGAGCGUGUGCGAGUAGGGCGCGACACAAUUGUGCCUGGCUGGGCAGCCCGUCGUCUUGUGGUGUACACCAAACGCGAUCAUAUCGACCACAAAAUGGAAAAGCCGAUUCGUCUUGCCCUUGCAGAGCAUACGCAUGACAAAGAUGUCAUGUUUGUGGACACGCGCAAGCGUGCCGACGUGAAAAACGUAUACCAAUGGGUAUGUGAGCGUGCAAAGCUGCUCCAGAAAGCCGCUGCAAAAGCAGCCUCGCGAACAUCCAAAUCGCUUCGGCAUUCACGCCUUUCAGGAGCAGCACGUCACACGUCGACACCAGAAACAGGUGUACGUAUGCUGAUUGUCGGCAUGCCCAAUGUCGGCAAGAGCUCUCUGAUCAACGCAUUGCGUUUCGUCGGCACUGGCAAAGCUAGUGCGGCGAGUACGCAUCCACAUCCAGGACAUACACGCAAAGUUACAGGCACCGUUCGUAUCACCCCUGACCCACCCUCCUUACCGGAACUGGAUAUGGAGCAAACGAUCGACAUGAAGGCCCUCGUCGCGCGUCAAGCUCAGCGUGGUCCCGCUGUCUAUGUAUACGAUACCCCUGGGAUCAUGGUACCCUACCUGGGAUCAUACCAAGAUGGCGGCCCUGAACGUGCCCUGAAACUGGCGAUCACAGGUUGCAUUAAACAGGCCCUCUUUGACGUGGAAGAAUUGGCUGAUUACUUGCUAUUUCGACUAAACCAACGCUACCGACACGCUUUGCAGCGCGGUGAUACAAGCUUGCCGCCGUAUACCACCAUUAUGAAUCGUCCACGGCCUACAGAUGAUAUCAAGACGUAUUUAAGUGACGUUGCGAAACGUGCGCCAGGCGCCAGGCAGCAAGGUGGCACCUUCAGCACGGAUGUGGCAGCGGAAUAUAUGCUGGCGCAAUUCCGGCGUGGAUUGCUCGGUUCGCGCGAGCUGGAUUUAGCUUUGGAUGAAGACUUGGCAUCCCUGCAUAAUCCCACCUCUUUGAACGAGCAAGUGACGGCUCGCUUGGAGCAUUUUCUACUAGGCCCCUCGGACAAUAUGCACGAGGUUUCAUAA